AUGUUCAAACUAAUAUCACUCCAGCCUAUAAGGCGUGUACUUCCAAGAUGUACAGCUUCACCUGCGGCUACCUUCAUACGUACGAUAGUACACUCUAAAGAGACCAAGACCCAACUCCAACGAGAAAAGGACAAGCAGAAGAAGCGUAAAUUGAGACAAGAAUUGAAGUUCAAAUCGUUGGAGAACCCUAUCGACCAUCCAUUGCAUAUGCCUAUUGCCGAGGCUCUCAAUACUAUUAGAUCAUUCGAAGUUGGCAAACCGGCUGAUAAGACUACAAUCACAUGUAACUUGUACGUGCGUCAGGAGCAAGGUGCUGCCCCCAUUAGCGGAACUGUUGACAUUCCAUUCCCUAUUAACAGAAGGACUAAGCCAUUAGUUUUCACUACUCAUCAUUCGAUAAUCGAAGAGUUACUGUUGUUAGUCGAUCCACAGUUCUUGGGAGGUAAGGAAUUAAUUGACAAGUUUGUUGAUCAAGAAUUGUUGCCUGGUGACUUUACUCAUGUUUUCGCAACGAGUGAAAUGGAGAGUCAAUUGAGAUCAGUGGCUAGGAUAUUGGGUCCUGCUGGGUUACAACCAACGAAGAAGAAAGGCACAGUGACUGACGAUCCGCAAGCUAUUGCAAAUAUUUUGAGGUCGUACCAGGUUAAACAAAAGGAUUCGCAUAUAACUUUUACUGUGGGGAAUGCUACAUUUAGUGACUUUCAAAUUAUGUCCAACUUAAAGGCAGUGAGCGAUGUCAUCUUUUCGCAAAUUGAUCCAAACGCAUCUAAAAAGACUAGGUUGGGAUAUUGCUAUAUCUCAUCUGCAAACAGUCCCGGCUUGGUUAUCGAUUUCAAACAGGAAUAA